AUGAAGGCAAUCCAGAUCAAAGAGUUCAACUCUCCUUAUGCUGUCUCGGACGUCGACAAACCCAAACCAAAGCUUCAUCAACUGCUCAUCCAGAUCAAGGCGGGCGGCUUUUGCCAUACUGACUGCAUGGCCCUUGAGAAUGCCUUUGGCUUUAAACUACCGUUCAUUGGGUCUCAUGAGUCAGCGGGUGUUGUUGUUGAGGUUGGUUAUUAUGUUAAGGGCUUUUCUGAGGGGAAGUGUACCGACUGUAAGGCUGGAAGGCCGACAUACUGUGAUAAUCCACUGAUGAAAGGCAUCACGACGGAUGGGGCAUGGGCGGAGUACAUGGCGGCGUCGGUACUCUUUCGCAUCAUGCCUAUAUACCAAGUCGCCGCGGUCGAUGUAGAGCAAGACACCCUAGACCUUGUCGCAUCUUACGACCUGAAACCCGAUGUUUGUAUCCUAUCCACCGAUCCAGCAGAAGCCUCCAUGAAAAAGAUGACAGAGCUCAUCAAUGGUGACUACCCUGGACUUAGUAGUGAAGCAUAAGAUUCAAGUCAAGGUCAAGGAAUGGAGGC